AUUAAAUAGUGAUAUAUUUGGAGAAAAGUUUAAGCCAGUCUCCGAUAUUUGAUCGAUACAAGAUUUGAAACUUUGACUUGAUGUGACUUUUAACAAGGUUAUCGUCUAACGUCUCGGAUUUCAGCAAAUAAUCCCAUUAAGGAUAUUACAGGUUCAUACGAAUCAGUGAAUUUUAUUUCAAGGCAAAGUCUAUAGUAUAAACAUUGUGGAUUUAUCAUUUAUAAAAUGGAAAAUAAUAAUGUCCUACCUGAAAAGACGUUUUCCACCGUUGAAAGAGAUGGUGCUGUACAGAUUCGAGUUGGUGAAGGAAUUGGGGCCAUCGAAACUCAGACCAUACCAGAUUUCUUUAAAAAUACAGUGGAUAAAAUUCCCAAUAAUACGGCUCUAUGUGUAAAAAUAAAUAAUGCCUGGAUCAAGUGGACGUAUCAACAGUAUUAUGAUUCUUGUAAAACAACAGCCAAAAGUUUUAUUAAGCUUGGUCUACAACCACAUUAUAGUGUAUGUAUUAUGGGUUUUAACAGUCCAGAAUGGUUCUUUGCUGAUCUUGGAGCCAUUUUUGCUGGUGGUAUUGGAGUUGGUAUCUAUACAACAAACAAUGCCGAAGCUUGUCAGUUUAUAGCCGCUGACAGUAAAGCUCAAGUUAUAGUUGUAGAAAAUACAGCUUAUUUAAAGAAAAUUUUACAAGUGAAAGAUCAAUUACCAGAUUUAAAAGCUAUAGUUCAAUAUUCUGGUGAAAUAGAAACACCACAAGAUAAUGUUUAUACGUGGGAAGAUUUUAUGAAGCUGGGAGAAGAUCUUCCAGAAUCAGAACUAGAAGAACGUAUGAACAACCUAGCAGCAAAUAAAUGCUGUUCACUUGUUUACACUUCGGGAACUACUGGUGUACCAAAGGGAGUUAUGCUAAGCCAUGAUAAUUUAGUGUGGACGGCAAUUAGCGCUUCGAAGGUAGAAGAAAAGAGACUAAUUUUUGGAAAGAACAGGGCUGUGAGUUUCCUCCCCUUAAGUCACAUUGCUGCUCAAGCCUUAGAUAUAUAUUUGUCUAUAAAUAAUGGUGGAACAAUUUACUUCGCUCAACCAGAUGCCUUAAAGGGAACAUUAGUCGCUACACUGAAGGAAGCUAAGCCUACCACAUUCUUCGGUGUGCCGAGGGUAUGGGAAAAAAUGAUGGAAAAAAUGAAAGAAAUUGGACAAAAUACAACUGGCCUCAAGCUUAAAAUAGCUCGAUGGGCAAAGGGAGUCGGUUACAGGGGAAAUCAGAACAGGUUUCAAGGGGGAAGCGUUCCAUAUGGGUGGACUAUCGCUAAUUUCUUAGUCUUCAGUAAAGUUAAACAAGCUUUGGGAUUAGAUCAAUGUACUAAUUUUAUCUCUGGUGCAGCACCUAUUGCUAAAGAUACUAUAGAAUAUUUUAUGGGUUUGGAUAUUGUUAUACAUGAAGUCUAUGGUUUGAGUGAAUGUACUGGUCCUCAUACUGUAAAUUAUGAGGAAAAAAGAAAAAUAGGCAGUGUUGGAAGUUGUUUACCAGGUUUACAAAUGAAGAUAGAUAAUCCUGACGAGGAUGGUAAUGGAGAGAUAUUAAUAUACGGAAGGAAUAUAUGUAUGGGUUACCUAGAACAGACAGAGAAGACACAGGAAACAUUUACAAAAGACGGUUAUUUACGUACAGGUGAUAUUGGCCAAAUAGAUGAUAAUGGUUUCCUUUCCAUUACUGGACGUUCAAAAGAAAUAAUAAUUACUGCUGGUGGUGAGAAUAUAGCUCCAGUACCAGUAGAAGACAAUGUUAAAGAAUGUCUACCAUGUAUUAGUAAUUGUAUGUUACUAGGAGACAAAAGAAAAUUUCUAUCAAUCUUGUUAACCGUCAAGACGGAAGUCGAUCCUGAUACCACCGUGCCAUUAGAAAAACUCAGCAAUCCAACUUUACAGUGGUGUAAGUCUAUAGGAAGUAAUGCCACUACAGUUCAAGAAUUCAGUGAUGACGAAACCGUACAAAAUUCCAUCCAAGAAGGCAUCAAUGCUGCUAAUAAGAAAGCAGUAAGUCGAGCAGCCAACAUACAGAAAUGGAAAAUGUUACCGACAGAUUUCUCUAUCCCUGGUGAAGAACUUGGCCCUACACUGAAAUUGAAGAGACAAGUUGUAACAAAGAAAUACCAGAGCAUAAUUGAAGAAUUUUACAAAGAACAUUGAAAUGAAAAGAAAUCCCAAUGGAUUGUAAAGGAUAUUUGGAAAAACACAAGCAAUAUCAACUAAUUAUGCAAUUUAUCAAGAAUUAGACAAAAAACUUUACAAAUCCAAUAUAAACUAUGCCUAUCAGUGAGCAUUUAUGUUAAUAUCUCGAAUACGGUAUUUAAAGAACCUGGAUACCAAAAGAUCGGUUAUGUUGGUUAUUUUUAAGCCUGAAAUAUUAUAAAGUAUUAUAUCCAUGUUACUUUGACUGAAGUAAUUGUACUAAUUCAGAUGACAGCAUUAUUCCUGUACCGAUAUCUACUGAAUGUUUAUAUCGUUAAAAAAAAACCAUAUAACCACUGCCAUAUUGCCACUGUGAUACGAUAUUUUAUCCUUAAUUGCCACUAACCUACUAACAAACAAAACCUUACUAUUUAUUAUUAUUAUUAUUAUUAUUAUCAUUAUUACUAGACAUUGACCCCGUGGUUGAUGUGUAUGGCUAUUAUUAGAACUUAAAAUAUUGACCUUGUUUUUAAAAUUGAACUUGCUACGGAAACCGACCUUGAACUUGUUCAGUAACUUUGUGAACAUCAUAUCAAUACUCUUCGGCCUUCAACCUUGUCUUGACAAUUUACGCCCUUGACAUUAUAUCGGCCUUGAACUAGUGGCCUUAAACAAGCCCAAAUAUAACCUUAAAUUCACUUAAAUUGUGACUAUGAAUAUAAUGCUUUAUUUCAUUUAAACAAACUUUAUGAAACUUGUCGACAAAACUCGGUAUUCCUUGCCCACAGUUGUGUGGAUAUAAACUGGCAUUCCUAUGUUUAUCUAUAUAUCAUUUUUAUUUACCUCGACUCACAUCGAAUAUUGAUAUCGCUUUAAUUUUGAACUGCCAUUGAAAUUAAGCAAAAUUUUGAACAACAGAAAACCUUUGCUCCAAGCAGGUUUUUUUGUACAAUGACACUUUUUCUGAGUUGUACUGAAGAUUACAUUGAACGAGUUAUUUCUGUGUUUUUUUUUUCUAUUUUUUUUAUAUCAGUUUAGUGUUUUUAGAAAUAUUUUAUGCUAUAUUUUUGAUACUGUCUUUACAUAAAGUUUUAUAAUGUUU